AUGGCUGUCCUGAUGACUAUUUUAGAACCGUUUUCUAAGAUAAUAAGCUACGCGAUACAGAACUUACGAUUGACGCAUAAGACACUGGUCGAAAUUUGUAACCUCAGUGGACGGGCAUUCACAAAGGAACGCGACAAGCUGUACCUGGGUCGCCAGAUAGUAUUCGAUCUGGUACAGGCACUAAAAUUCAAAAUCAACGUACCCGACGUCAACCUGUUGCUGUUGGUUGGCUUCCUGCUGCAAGACGCCGGAGGUAUUCUGCCGCCCUGUAUUAGCGGUGAAAUGUCCAUGGGAGAAUCGUACGUGCACAUCAACUGUAACAUAACCGACUGCAUGCGACAACCUUACUUGAACGAUAUACUGGAAUUUUUGGCCGAUUUCCACACACUGAGCAAAAUAAAGAAUCUUAAAGCAUCUGGCACGGGCCCCGGAUUAUGUGAGGAUACAAUUGGUGGCGUGCUAAAAGGAGCCAUAGCACAGUAUCUUGCGUUAGAGAUGUCACGAGGAAAUUCCAAAGAUAGUCGAACGGUUUCCAAAUAUCUUCCUUGGCUGAACAACGCGCCGUCAUCAUUGCAGCAAGGACCGAAAGAAUUUACAGAAUGUGUUGGUCAUAUGAGGUUACUAUCGUGGCUACUUAUGGGAUCACUUACCCAUACAGCAUUAGUAGUGCGCAAGAUGGGCAUUGGAACGGCAGCUCCACACCAGGCGCAUCUACGGAACUGCACCCUCAUAAUACAACCCGUGCCCCAGGAAGCCAGCUGUCACAUUGCGGAUCACGUGCAAGUGAUAUUUGCAGGAUUCGCAGAGCAGUCGAAAACAUCCGUUCUGCACAUGUCGUCCUUAUUCCAUGCGUUCACAUUGUGCCAACUGUGGACAGUAUAUCUGGAGCAGGUAGCAAGUCUGGCAGCCAUUUCAUCCGAGACGUACAACACAACUCUGAGUGUACUGUUCGAGUUUUGGGCCAAAGUUACGCCGUGUAUUUUGCAGUUGGUGUCUCACUCGAAGCUUUCAGAAAGUGUGAAUCUUCAUUUUUUGGGACUUCUAGAAUCUCUAAAAGAGACAAGAUCUACAAUACUGGCCAAGUUAUUACCUCUAUGGACACCGGUGCUUUCGUCUAAUACACAACUCUCUGGAACACUGCACGUGCGAUUGCAGAACUGUCGUGACGCAGUGCCCAACCUCGAAGAGCAGGAUUUUCACGCAUCAGAGGCUCUGCUGAAGUGGUUACAACGUUUGCAAUUCAAGAUGGGCCAGAUCGAGCUACAAUCAUCCACUGCAACACAAUUCUAUUCUAUAUAAACAAAGUUUUUGAUUUUCUGCUACUCGCCGCAAAUGCGCACGAGAUUAUCGAUCUGUAUUACUGAUAAGAAUCACGUUUCAACGACACAUAACUCAGCAAUUCCAAGAAUACUGUACACUGAAUAGUUUCAAAUUUAGAAUAUGUAAACGAUACUGAACGACCUUAGAAAUAUGUAAUCAGAACUACAAGUCUGAUUGUAGGAAAACCUUCUGAAUUUGAGAAGAAAC